AUGAAGUUGCUACUCAUUGUUUCUGCUGUUCUGGCUGUAUCCAGCUGUGCCAGCAUCUCUCUGGAAGAUCUGGAGUUUCACGCCUGGAAGCUCAAGUUUGGAAAAUCCUACGACUCUCUAUCAUUGGAGAGUCACCGGAAGCAGAUCUGGCUCACCAACCGCAAACUUGUGCUAAUGCACAACAUCUUGGCUGAUCAGGGCUUCAAAUCCUACCGGCUUGGUAUGACCUACUUUGCUGACAUGGAAAAUGAAGAGUACAAAAAGCUUAUUUCUCAGGGCUGCCUUGGCUCCUUCAAUGCUUCUCUGCCUCGCCGUGGCUCUACCUUCCUCCGGCUGCCUAAAGGUAUUGAUCUGCCCGACACUGUUGACUGGAGGGAUAAGGGAUACGUCACUGAUGUCAAGAAUCAGAAGCAGUGUGGCUCCUGCUGGGCCUUCAGUGCAACUGGUGCACUGGAGGGUCAGCACUUCAGGAAGACAGGAACGCUGGUGUCUCUGAGUGAACAGCAGUUGGUUGACUGCUCUGGAACUUAUGGAAACGAGGGCUGCAAUGGAGGCUGGAUGGACUAUGCCUUUCAGUACAUUAAAGCCAAUGGAGGAAUUGACACUGAGGCGUCCUACCCUUAUGAGGCUGAGGAUGGAUCAUGCCGUUACAACCCUGCAGGUAUUGGUGCCACAUGCACUGGCUAUGUUGAUGUGGAUCAAGGUGAUGAAGAAGCCCUGAAGGAGGCUGUGGCCACCAUUGGACCGGUUUCUGUGGGCAUUGAUGCUUCUCCGAUAUCGUUCCAAUUCUAUGAAUCAGGAUUGUAUGAUGAACCCGGGUGCAGCAGCACAACAUUGGACCAUGGUGUGCUGGUUGUGGGUUAUGGUACUGAGAAUGGACAUAACUACUGGCUGGUCAAGAACAGCUGGAGUCUUAAAUGGGGAGAGAAGGGAUACAUUAGGAUGACCAGGAACAAACACAACCAGUGUGGGAUCGCUAAUGCAGCAAGCUACCCUCUGGUCUGA